AUAAUUCAAUCAGAUACAUUUUGGGAGGGGGCAAAGGAAGUUGUUGCUUUCAUGGAGCCACUUAUUCGUAUUCUUCGCCUUGUUGAUUUAGAUGGUUCUACUGCAGGUUACUUAUAUGAAGCAACAGAAAGGGCAAAAGAAACAUUGAGAAAAUUUGUGGAAAGGAUGGAGGGAAGUAUUUAGCCAUAAUGGAUUUGUUUCAAUUUAGGUUAGAGAAGAACAUUAUUCAUCAUGUUCAUUUCUUUGGUGCACUUUUGAAUCCUUCUAUUAUGUUUGGUGGUCGACUUGAUAUUGAUGGAACUAAAUUUAUGAAUGUACAAGAAUUUAUUAUGGACAUCAUGGUUCCUUUAGAAGAUCGUGAGCAAUUCAUGCAAGAAGUCAUUGAUUAUCGCAUGAAAAGUCCUUUGUUGUUCAAUAUGACAGGGCAGACAAUGAUAAAAACUAACCAUCCAAGGAUUUGGUGGCAAUUUGUUGGUAGUGCAUUUCCUGUGCUUCAAAAUAUUGCUUGUAGAAUCUUGAGUCAGCCUUGUAGUUCCUCUCCUUGUGAGCGUAAUUGGAGUGCUUGGGAUGCAGCACAAACAAAGAAAAGAAAUAGAUUAGCCCCAGAGAUGCUAGAGGAUUUGGUGUACAUCAGGAUGAACUCUAUGAUGAGGGAGAACUAUGAAAGCCAACUACAUAAAGAUUCAAGGCCUAUUGAUUUAGACAAUCUUGGUGACUUACCUAUAGUAGACUUUGAGCUUGAAAUGGAGAGGCUUGAGCAGACGUACGAGGAACCUGAACCAUCUGACACUGGAGCUGAUGGAGGAUCUACUUCAUAUAGUUUAAUGUCUCCUCAUUGAUCUUU